GAUCACAGCUCUUUUAAACAUCAACGAACAAUUGACUUGUGUGCACAUCCCGAAGCAGCUUUUACAGAGCUGUACCCAUCAUCAACGUUCAUUUUGGCCGUGUUAUAACCAACAAGUGGAUAAAAGCAUAAAAAGAACUGUUAACCGGAUAUAAAUAAAAAGUGUGAAUUGGCUUUUUCAUUAUUUUGAAUUUAAAAAUUUCACAAAAAGAGUGUUUAGUGAAUGAGAAAAUUUUGAAAGUGAUCAAAUUUUUGAACGAAAAAAUAUUGCUUAAAAUAUAAAUCAUAUUCAAAUAGUGGUGUUAUUUUGAGUGUUUUCAAAAAAUUGUUUUUUAAGAAACAACUUGAGAGGAAUCUUAUUCCAAUUUUUCCCCAAAUUAUUUCCGAAUCUUUCACAGCUCAUUCUAUAAAAAUGAAUAAAUUCUACACAUCCGUUAUUCUCAUCACAAUGAGCCUCUCAUGUAGCUAUUGUGAGCCAUUCUCUGAAGAUUCCGACUCAGCGAAUACCCUACUUGAAGCGGAUUCCGAUGUUGCUAACAAUGAUCCCAAUUAUGAUAAACGAGUUGAGCGAUAUGCAUUUGGAUUAGGCCGACGAGCUUACACCUAUACAAAUGGAGCAUCUGCAAAACGAUUGCCAGUGUAUAACUUUGGCUUGGGCAAACGGGCACAACCUUAUUCCUUUGGUCUUGGCAAACGAGUUGACUUUGAAGAUGAACAAUAUCAAGAUGAAAUGGAUACUAAUAAUUAUGAUCCAUCUUACUACUAUGCUGGAAACAAACGUACCCGGCCGUAUAGUUUUGGAUUGGGUAAACGUGAACCAAAUGUACAAAACAACCGAUACGCUUUUGGAUUGGGCAAACGGGAUACUCGACCAGAACGAUAUGCUUUUGGUCUUGGCAAACGAGAAAAUGGACAACGUAACGAACGAUACAGCUUUGGAUUGGGAAAACGUGAUGUCGCCGAACAAACUGCUCCCGCAAGACGUUAAGGAAAAAAGAACACUGCAAAAAAUGUCUCAGAAUCCGUAUCAAUGAAACUAAAAGGAACUGUAAAUUUUGUUUUUUGACUUGACUCCCCAAUAUCGAUUUCAGUGCACAUUGUCCUACUGAUCUCAAUUAAUAUUACCACAUCCACCACAUAUACCAUCAUAAGCUCCAGCCGAGAUUACUAGGACAAAUGUGCAUUAUUUAUUUAUAUAAAUAUAUACACCACAGGUAGCAACAAUAUAUUCAUCAAAAUAAAACAAAACAAAACUAUAUUUAUAUAUAAUAUACAUGCAUAAAUUUAUAAACAAAAAAA